UUUCCUCGUGUUAUUUGGUUUGCAGCUUACACCCCUGCUAGAGAGAAUGAAUGGUACUUCUUUACCCCAAGGAAGAGAAAGUACAAAAAUGGGCAUCGGCCAAAUCGAGGUGCAGAUAAGGGAUAUUGGAAAGCAACUGGGGCUGACAGACAAAUCAAACGCAACGGUGAAAUUAUUGGAUAUCAAAAGGCUUUGGUUUUCUACGAGGGAAAACCUCCAAAUGGUACAAAGACUUCUUGGAUAAUGCAAGAAUAUCGAGUGAAUAAUCCCCCACCACUCCAACAAAAGGGUGCAGAUGACAUGAGGUUGGACGAUUGGGUUUUGUGUAAGGUCUACAACAAAGAGGGCAUCUUGAACGCCACUCAAAAACGAGUAAGGAUCAGCAAAAAUCAGAUUCAAGAACCAAAUAACACCACUGAUCAAGCUGCAGCAAUGCAGGAAAAAACUGAUCAUACACUAGUUGUUCAUUCUGCUCCUCCAUAUAAUAUUCGAAAUUAUCAGAUUCCCCAUAACUUGGUUUACCCAGAUGUUCAAGUUGUGCCAAAAUAUGGGAGUGCAAAUAUGUGCAGUAAUCUAGAACCCAUUACCACAGUGUCACCAAUGUCGUCCCUUGUACCAGAUCAUUCGAGAUGUGUGCCAGUGUCGAUGGAACAACAUCACGAGAUUUCAAGAAUUCCAACGAUGGACAGUGAUGAAUUUUUGGAUUUGGAAUCUUUAAUGAACCUGGAGAAUGAGCCUUACGAUUACACUCUAUUAUUCUAGCCCCUCAACGCCAAUAAAUCUUGUUAGUUUGCUUUAGUUAUUGAAUCUACAUUGAACUUUGUCUUUUUAGCAGUUUUAGAUGUAGGUUAAUUUGCUUUAGUUAUUGA